AUGUUAUGUUUUGAUCAGUCUGUUAUGAUCUGCUUGCAACGCUUUUUUCAUCCCAAUGCAGACGAUGGUAAAUUUAUAAUUAUAUUUCAGUUUGAUAUUUCAAUAUUCUUUUACAGCCGCCCUAAAACAGUUGAUGAAGUUGCUUUCCAGGAUGAAGUUGUAGCCGUCUUGAAGAAAUCUCUAGAGGGCGCUGAUCUGCCUAACCUUCUGUUCUACGGCCCACCUGGUACAGGAAAAACAUCAACAAUUCUAGCCAUUGCAAGAGAACUUUUUAGUGCUGACAUGUUCAGAUCCAGGGUGCUUGAACUAAAUGCAUCGGAUGAAAGAGGAAUCGGCGUCGUUCGUGACAAGGUUAAAAACUUUGCACAGCAGACAGCCAACACCACAAAACCAGAUGGAACACCUUGUCCGCCAUUUAAGAUUAUAAUUCUAGAUGAGGCAGAUUCAAUGACCAAACAUGCACAGGCUGCACUUAGACGAACAAUGGAAACACAGAGUAAAACUACAAGGUUCUGUCUCAUUUGCAAUUACAUUAGCAGAAUCAUUGCACCCAUCACGUCACGUUGUGCAAAAUUCCGCUUCAAGCCUCUUGGAGAAAAACACCAGAAAGCAACGCUUACCAACAUUGGACUAAAGGAAAAUGUAAAGUGUAGUGAGCAGGCAUUUUCAGCAAUCAUCCAAGUGACAGAGGGCGAUCUUCGAAAAGCAGUCACUCUAUUUCAAAGUGCACAUCGACUCAAAGGUGAUGAAGGCAUCACAGAGAGUGAUAUCCAAGAAAUUGCAGGAUCAGUUCCUUCCUCUGUUGUAUCAGAACUCAUCAAGACCUGUCAUUCUAACUCAUUUGAGAAGCUGGAUCAAGCAGUGACAGAAGUGCUUGCUGAGGGCUAUGCAGCCAGCCAGAUGAUUUUACAAAUUCAUGAAAUAAUAGUGAACCAGCCAGACUUGACAGACAACCAGAAGUCCAAGAUAUGCGAACGACUCGCAAUUGUUGACAAGCGACUGAUAGAUGGGGCAGAUGAGUACCUACAGAUAAUGGACCUACUCACAGUGAUCAUGAACCAGUACUGUACAGCAUGAAGCUUCAGUCUCUGCUACAACAAAUUUAGGCCAUAAAUGUAUAUUUGAAUUAGGCAAGACUUCUUUCGCAAACCUCUUGUGCAACGAUAAUUAUUAUUUAAAAUCAAAUUAUUGUUGGCCUGGUAGCUUCUGGUUUCAUCAUAAAAUGGAAAUUUUAGAGGGAAAAAAAUCACCAUAGUUAGGGCUAAGGUGAGCAAAUUGUAAGGACAUGCAGAUGUUUUUAAGAAAUGGCAAUUUCAUACUUCACAAAUAUUUUUCAUUGUGUCUGUGAAAUUAAAUUAUCAAAACUAUUUUCACACUACUGUACUAACGCUUACACAGAAGUACACUAAACAAACUACUUACAUGGGAUUCUGUAUAAAUUGUUAUUUUCUUUGUAAUAAAAAUUGAAAAUAAUGGAA